AUGUCCACACUCUACUUGGCCCCCUCUGUCCAAAUGCCUAUGCCUCCCCCUCCAGCUCUGGUUACAGCUGCUGCCCCUCAGGAAGAUUGGGAGCAAUGCCAAGCAAUGGCUUACCUGCAUGCUUGCAUGGGUUUGCCUAAACCAAAGGAUGUUUCCCUCCCAAGGGGAAAUCCUUUUGUUCCUCCUGAUGAACAUGGAGGACUAAGCUUGGAAUUCUUGGCAGCUUUUGGGGAUCCAGGUGCCACUUGGGCUGCAGAGCAAAAAAUCACUACACUCACCCAAACCAGCACUUGUGCCAAUUAUAUCACCAGGUUCCACACCCUGGCAAUGGAGUUAGACUAG